AUUUUUGACGCUCUCCUUUUGCUUUGCUUUGCUUUCAUCUUCCAUUUCUUCUGCUCCCUCAUUUGAUGCCCAAAUCUCCAUAGUUGAUGUUCUUACCCGCCUUCACGCAGAGCUCGGCAGAAUCUUCACAAACGAAGCCAAGGCCGAAGAAUUUCACAAAGACAUGGACGAUUAUACCAGAGAAAUGAUGGACUUGAAGACCCUUGUCACUCGGACUCUCGAGAAGAAGGGCGUCCUCGCUAAGAUCCGUGCUGAACUUAGAGCUAGUGUAUUUGAGGCAAUUGAAGAAGAGGAUCGUGUUAUUGAGAAAGAUGAUGGAUUGCCACCUGCAUUACUUGGUAGUUGCAAUGAUCGAGCAAAGCAGCUUCAUGCUUCACCAUCAGGGAGGCUGCUUACUGCUCUAAUAUGUGAAUAUUUAGAUUGGGCUCAGCUAAACCACACUCUAAAAGUUUAUCUCCCGGAGUGCAAUAUGCAAAAAGAUUCUUGGAAAGCUGAAUUGAAGGAAUUUAGUAGUAAAAAUGGAUAUGAUCUUAACAGAAAUGGAGAUAGUGGACCGUUGCUCUUGGAUGUUCUUGAGGGAUUCUUGAAGUUUGAGAAUUUAUCUCAAGCAAGGGGUCCCGGAAGGAGAAUAACCACUUCAGAAUCUGAUUCAAUGUCCAGUCAUGAUUCUCGAAACAGUAGGAGACCUUCGUCAUCUGUUGCAGGGGGUUUACCUCCGCUAGGAAGGCCUGGUGCUGGUUCACAGGCAUCUGAUAGGAGGGUAGGAUCUUCAAUGUCUGGUUAUCGGAAAGAUGAAUACAGUUGGAGAUAUGAUGGCAAUGAGCUUCCCGAGGAUGUAAUGAGAACCUCAGCUGCAUUGGAAAACCUGCAACUGGAUCGAAAAGCUAGAAACCUAACCUCAUCUUGGCGACAUGGAGGAGAUGGUAUCAAUGAGGAUGAUAGCAGAGGUGAACAUAUGUAACAUUGAAAUCGUGUAUUGUAUUUGUUAACCCAUCCACAAUGAUCAAAGCGAGGCUAGUAGUGUUGAUGUUGAAGAUUAUGUAAUCUGUUUUCACGUUUGAGCCUUUCCCUCCCUCCCCCCCCUUUUUUCCUGUUAUUAUCGACCUCUUUUUAAUUCUUCUUACAAACUCUCAAUCCCUGCUCCGUAGUUUUCAAUGUAUUUCAGUGAAAAGAGAAUGAAAAAGGUGCGCCAUUCGUCAAUCCUUGCGAGACUAGAUCAUACAAAUAGUGUUUGUACUCGAUA